AUGAAGGGAAAGGAGGAGUUGAAGGUCAUACUUGAGGCACAGCUUCCCAAAUCUUACCAGUCCACCAAAGCUUCGGUGGAGGACGAGCAGCAGGAAUCAUCGAAGACAGGAGCUCAGCCAGCCCCACCCGGCGGCUCCUGCGCCUCCCCCGAAUACGCCGCCCUCUUCGUCGCCUGGCCCUUCCGCGCCCCUUCCCGGGGCCAGACCCCGAUGCCGGCCUCCGUCACGAGCCUCAUCGACAAGCUACCCACGACCGGCGAGAGGAUCGCGGCGAAGCGGCUCUGGAACCGUUCACUGCCGGUGGCGGCGAAUGUGGGCAUCGUGGAGUACAACCGGGUCGAUGGGGAGAAGUUUAGGGAGAAGGUUGCGGAAAGGGUUGGGGAGGGGUGGUGGAGGAAGGUGGAGGAGUUGGCUAGGGGAUUGAAUGAGGCUGCUGGGAUCAUUAGGGGGGAGGAGAAGAGUGGUGGGGUGGUUGAAGGGAAGGUUCUCCAAGAGGGUUCAAUGAAAGGGGUAGGGUCUGAGAUGAAGACUUCCGAAUUGCCCAAGGAAGAGGGCAAAAAGCCUGAAAUGAUCAAUCCCGAUGGUACUGGGGGGAAAUCCCAAGAGUAUGAGACAAACACCCCCGAUCAUCUCGCAGAAUCGGCAGCGCUCGUCGUCAGGACAGAAGAAGGACGGGAGACGGAAGAUGCCAAAUCCACCCUAAGCGAAAGCCAAGAACCGCAGCCAAAGCCCGACGACGAGACCACUGAAGCAGCAAUGAGCCUCCUAACCCUAUCCUCAACCCCCGCCUCCAGCGCAACCGCCGAUGCCUCCGCCCUCGCCGCCUCCAACCCCCUCUCCGCCCUCUGGUACCUCAUCUCUCGCUUCUUCUCCUCCGGCCACUCGGCCGCCUCCUACUUCUUCGUCGCCCUCGAAGCCGCCAUCCGGCACGACAGCGCCACCGUGCACGCGCUGCACAUCCCCGCGCCCCCGGCCUUCUGGACCGACGCCGCCGACUGGCGCGUGCCGAAAGUGGGCAUGACGCUGCUCCUCACGCUCGCCGCGUCCGACAAGGCCAUGUUCGACGCCUUCGCCCGCUUCAGCAAGAGCCUGGGCCGCCCCGCGCCGAGCGUCGAAUCGAUGCGGACGGGGAGAAACUCCGCGUCGUUGAGGAAGGCCGUCCUGCGCGCGAAAGCGGACGCCGCGGACAAGCGGCGCACGACGGUCCUCGGGGUGGAUCUGCGCGACGUGCGCUACGGUGCGCUGUGCGAGCGGCACGGGAGGGGCGUCGCGGAGCACUUCGCGACGUUUGCGCGGAUGUUCGUGCUGGGGGUGUGUCCCGCGGGGGCGAAGCUGUGGCUGGUCGGGGGCCCGGGGGGCGAGACGGCGACGGUUUGGGAGUCGAAUGUGAAGGUGGGGGCCGGGGUGGGGACGUGGGAGGAGAUGGACGAGUUUGUGCGGGCGUUCGAGGGGUUUGCGGUGUCGAAUGGGCAAUGGAACAGCAAGCGUUUCAAAUGGUUCCAUCGCUGCUUCGCGGUCGAUCUGAAGCAGUUCGAUUUGCAGAUUGAUGAAGCCGAGAAGAAGAAGAGGGGGAGGGAGGAGAUGGAGGUGGAGGGGGUGAAGAGGCUGUUGAAUGAGAUUGAGGCUUGGGUGGAGAUAUACAGAAUCGAGGAUGUGAAGAUGGCGGAUGUGGGGAAGUUCACGUGGCUGUAA